AGCAGCAGCAGCAGCAGCAGCAGCAGCAGCAGCAGCAGCAGCAGCAGCAGCAGCAGCAGCAGCAGUUCCACAGGCGACUCUUUUCCUUCGUGCCUUUAAGAAGAGGGACAGAUGUUUCGCUUUUAAAUAUAGAGACUUGGCCCAAGUGCAUUUAUUUAUUUGCUUUAAUUUUAAUCUAUUUUUAAUAUUAAUUUGCAUUUAACUUUAAUGCGAGCCUUGUUUUUAAUUGACCUCAGCUCUAGAAGCUGCCAGCCUGCCUUGAUCUCCCUGCUGCUCUGUUUUAAAACCUUCUGCCACGUAAGGUUUUAAGGAUGAUUGAAACAUUUGCAACAAGUGAGGCUCAGGAAUUGCUGCACCAGCUGAAUGUGUUACUGGAUCAAGAGUUAAGAUGUCAGCCAAAGUUCUCUGGUCUAAGAAUAAUUGAAUCUGCUCAUGAUAAUGGGCUCCGGAUGACUGCGAGUUUGAGAGACUUUGAAGUCAAAGACCUGCUUAGUUUACUUCAGUUCUUUGGAUUUGGUACAGAGACAUUUUCCCUUGCUGUGAAUUUUUUAGAUAGGUUUUUAUCAAAAAUGAAGGUACAGCCAAAGCAUUUGGGCUGUAUUGGGCUAAGUUGCUUCUACCUGGCUGUGAAAGCCACACAAGAAGAGAGAAACGUUCCACUAGCCACUGACUUAAUCAGAAUCAGCCAAUAUCAGUUCACCAUUUCAGACCUCAUGAGGAUGGAGGUGAUUCUUCUAGAGAAACUAUGUGGGAAAGUGAAGGCAACAACUGCCUAUCACUUUCUACAACUUUAUCAUUCAAUCCUGCAUGGUAGCCUGAGCUGUGAAAGGAAAAGUCACCUUAGCUUAGAGAGACUAGAAGCCCAGCUGAAGGCAUGUCACUGCAGGAUUGCCCUUUCUAAAGUGAGGCCGUCGGUGUUGGCUCUUUCAGUAAUGGCUCUGGAAGUUGAAGAAGAAAAACUGCUGGAGUUGGUGGAAGUAAUAGAAAGUCUCCGAAUGCAUUCCAAGAUGAAUGGCAGAGAGCUUUCCAUUUGGAAGGAACUUGUAUCAAAGUGCCUCUCAGAGUAUUCCUCAAGCAAGUGCUCCAAACCAAAUGUUCAGAAGUUAAAGUGGAUUGUGUCUGGUCGCACAGCAAGGCAGCUAAAGCACAGUUACUACAGAAUAGCCCAUCUUCCCACUAUCCCAGAAAGUAGUCUCUAAAAGAAAUGGUCCUGAAGAAGAAAAGAUGGAUUACUAACUGGCAUCAUGGAUACAACCUUUUGGGCUAAGAUCUGAUUUAAAGCAGAGACUCCAUUGAAUGCCUCCAACCAUACUGAGGGCCAAAUUCAUGACUGAUUAGACUGUGACCACAUGCUGGGUGCUUUUGACCUAUAGAACUGUACUUCACAUUCCAACAAGACUGCUUUUAUCUCUCCACCAUCUCAUGGGAUUUCUGUUGAAGAAAACAAAGACAUGCUUAAAGAAUGAUGCCUCAGCCUCAAACAUAUACAUGGCAGCUAGUCUUGUGUUUCAUACUGAGCCACCAACAAUAGUUUGUUUGGUCCAAAACAUUUCUGUUUUAUACAGCACUUCCUGGACUAGCUACUGAAAGUGAAUAUGCACAAACUGAUAGGCUGAAAAUAUGUUUGGACUAGUGCAAUAUAAAUUCAUGUGCCUAGUACCUUACAGACUAGAAUAGUACUAGUGCUCCCGAGCCUGCUAGUUUAGCUAUGGCUCAUAGUACGUAUUAAAAACUUUUACAGCAGAACAGAGCAAAAAAUUAAACUUCCAACUGUAUCCAGAAUUCUAUUAUUGCUUGAGUCAAUAAAGCACUUUAGAAAUGUGAAACUAUUACUAAAUUUUUGUGUCGGCAUUAGAUACUAAGGAGAAUGCAGUAACUUCAGUUAAAAUGGAGUGUUCAGUAUCUUUAGUGUCUUUGCCUAACACUAAGAUACCAAAAUCUUGAUAGUUCUUCCUGCAACGUGAAAGAAAACCAAUAUGAUACAAUUCUAGCAAAGUAUAAAAAACUCUUUGGAAGUACUACUUUUUAAAAAAUGAAAUUAGACAAUAUUCUCCUUUUAAAAAUUAAACUUAAUUAAAACUGUAGGGCACACACCAGCUGAGAAUGUCGGCAGCAUCUUAAAAUAGAAGUAGACAGCUGAUACAUACUGGGUUGGAUUAAAAAAAGAAAAUCAAGACUGUAUUCCAGGUUUGUUCCAGAGUAAUCUGAGCUUGAGUCUAUGUGUUAUUGAAAUCACUUGGUCAAGUUGUGACUGGGCUUCAGUUUCACUAAUUUCAGUAUGACCUUCCCUUAAAGCUAACUUAGUCAGGGUCCAGUCCUUUGUCUGCGUAAGGUUAAAUUUAUUUCAAAGCCUUUGCAGUUGGAAGUGGAAGCAAUUUGUCCUAUGACACAUCUUUGCAAACAUAGUAGUGGCUUUUAUAUAGCACCUUGUAACUGAUUUGUAGUAGUCCAGGUUACAUUGAUUUUUCAGACCCUCAUUACGUGUUGACUAAUAGAAUACAAUUUUCAGUUUGAAAAGUUAUUCUGUUGAAAAUAAACUGCAGCUGUAGUCAUGAUGAACCAGCCCAUUAAACUGUACAUUGGUUUCAGAUUUGAAUGUGAAGGUGGGGAAGCCAAAAUAGUGUCCUUUGUCAUUGUGAUUCUCUGAAUAUUGACAGCAGUGUCGCUUAGGGUCUUCUGAAAUGUAAAGCAUGCUGAGAGAUGUUACAUUAGUACAGUUUUGCCAUGGCACGUUGUGCUUAAACCCUUGGCACUAUGCCAAAAUGUAGUGGUAGCUACUUUUCCACUUCAUUUUUGGAUACAUUGACUUCUAGCCUUUGUUAAAAUGUGUAGUAUCUCGUUGCUUGUUAAUAUUAGUUCUAACGUUUACUGUCUGAAUUAAUGUCACCUGAAUGGUGUUAGUUGAAACUAAAUUGUCUUUAGGGUUAUCAAAGUAAUGGGGGGGGGGGUUCUUUUCACACUGUGCACCCAUAGUGUUAUAAUUCUACUUUAACUGUCAUGGCACAACAACCUAUGGGAUCCUAGAAUUUGCAGUUUAGGGAUGGACAUUUAAGAGCUCUCAGCUAGAGUUCCUCUGGUGUCUCCAGCCAAAAAAUAAAUCAUAGGAUUGCAUAAGAUAUGUUACAACUGUGUAUACAUGAAAGGGCCCAAGCCUAGUGACAAAUUGCUGUGAUAGUGACAAAUAACCAAAUAAGGGUUUUCUUUAUUCAGGUCUAAUCCAGUGACCCUUUAUACUUCUACCUCAUUACAAUCUACUUGUUAAAACAAGAUAGGAUGUUCCUUCAGUAAUGUUUGGUUUAUAAGUGACCAUACUUGUUAAAAAAACCCAAACUUUCUAAUGUGUCUUUGUCACGUGUACAUAAAGUGGGAGAGAAGAAUGCAAAAGAAAGCAUUCAGUGAAGGAGAAAGUGCUGUAAUUUAUUAUCAACUGUCAUGGCGUUUUGUAAACAACAAGUGCCCCUUUCAAUAAAACAUUGAAAAGAAUUGGAUGAA